AUGGACCUCUUACGAAACUUGGGCUCCGCUGCGGCGACUUCUCUCCUCCAAAAGUCUGGAAUAUCGCUACCAUACUCACUAGGAGAAAAGGUUCAUGACUAUGAUGGUAAAUCCAUAUGGACCCUAUACGAUGCCACGAAGAAGGACGACUCCUCUCCCGUAUCCGUAUUUCAUUUCGAUGCAUCAGGGAACAGAAGAACCCAUCUUCCGUUUGCAAGAAAUGCACUCAAGAAGCUCAGAACUACACGACAUCCCGACAUUCUCAAAUUCAUUGACGUUGUUGAACAAGGGGAGAGUAUGUGGAUAAUGACAGAACGCGUACGCCCUCUGCGGCCAGUCCUUUUUUCGUGGGUCAGCUCGACCGGGAGCGCGAAAGGGAAAGAUAAGGAGCGAGAGGGCUGGACAAUAUGGGGAUUACACCGAAUAGCCAUUGCAUUGGCCUUUCUCAACUCGACUGGUGCGUCGACACAUGGUAAUGUUUCAAUCGACUCGAUAUUUCUUUCACCGUCUGGCGAAUGGAGACUUGGAGGCUUGGAGCUGCUAUCAUCGACCAAGGACGAAAACCCAGUCUUAUUCACGCUCGGCAGCCAGUUUCCGCGAAAUCAAGACAUCUCGUCUCCCGAGGUGAAGAAAAACGGGUGGAAUGCCAUCAAGGAGUUGGAUCCAGGAAUAUCCGACGCGUAUGCACUAGGCCUCCUCCUCAACAGUGCCUUCAAUCAGACGAACGAGCUUCCUGCUACGGCACACCCUCCACAUCCAGCCCCUACAGGAGCAUCACGUGGGCAGAUACCACCGGGUAUCUUUCCUCUGUACAAAAGAUUGCUCAACCCCGGGACCAAGCAACGCCUUACAUGCCAGGCUUUCUUGGAAAUUGGCAUGGGAGAAAAGGCGGGUGUCGAUGGAGCCCCGGGGCGAUUCUUUGCGGAUAACCAUCUCGUACGCGUCUGCAGUCAACUAGAAGGAUAUCCUCUCGCAUCGGAUGGCGAAAAGGCUGAAUUCAUUCGAGAUCUCAGGGACUCUGCGGGGUCGUUUCCUCCCGAGUUUGCCAUCAACCGCCUUAUUCCUGCCAUGUUUUCGGGCCUAUCUCACGGGGGUGCCAACGCAGAGAUGGUCAUCUCCCUCGUUCUCGAGUUUGGAAAAUUAGCCGACCCAAACGAAGUCGGUACUACGACUACGUCGCGGAGCACCUACAAACUCGACCAGAAUCAGUAUAACCAGAUCAUUUUGACGCCAUUAGUCAAGCUUUUCACGAGUACUGACCGUGCUACACGGAUGGCGUUGCUAAAGAAUAUGCCACAGUUUGCACCAAAGCUGGAGGCGAAGGUUGUGCAAGAUGGCGUAUGGCCGCACCUGCAAACUGGCUUAUCAGACACAGUUGCCGCUAUUCGAGAGGCAACCCUGAUUGCUAUCAACGAGAUACCUAACAAGCUAUCGAGCAGGGUACUGAACAAUGAUCUCCUCCGGCACCUGGCCCGGCUACAAUCCGAUCCGGAGCCAUCUAUCCGAACAAACACAUGUAUCAUGAUCGCCAAACUCGCCCCUUUGCUAUCAGAGAGUACGCAAAAGAAAGUCCUUGUCCCGGCAUUCUCAAAGGCACUUAAAGACCCAUUCGUUCACGCGCGUAUCGCGGCUCUCCAAGGAUUUACCUCUUGCGUCGACUGUUUCGACAUGGAAGAUGCCGCGACAAAGGUCAUCGGUGUUAUUGCAUCCGGUUUGGUUGACAAGGAGAAAGUGGUCAGAGAUCCAGCGUUCAAGUGCUUUGAUACGUAUCGACAACGGAUCGAAAAGUAUGCCGCAUCUCUGCCAGAGACUGCUAUUCCACAGGGAGGCGUUCCACCAGGUGCCCUGCCCGCCACUGGAAUAUCCUCUGGUGAUAUCUUGUCCACUGCGACAGGUAUGGCAGGCGGCGUGGCUGGAUGGGCUUUUGAGUCACUUAGUAGUCGGCUGGUACCGAAGGAUCUCAACAGUAAAAUGGCCACACCUCCUCCACCAUCCACUGGCUCUGUACCAACUACGUCUAUGUCCACCCCUGCUACCCCGAGUUCUUCCGUAGCGCCCAGCGUUAAACCUACACCUAAUCGCGCUCCUCCAGUUCGACAGACUGCCAAGCCCAAAGGAAUGGCACUCGGUUCCAAAUUGGGAGCAAAAGGUGGCCAUGCAGCACUCAUGGCAGAACUGGAGAAGGAGAUGAACGAGGACGCGGCCGAUAUCGCAGAGGCCUGGGAUGACAACGACGAGCAAGUCGCGCCAAAUGGAGAUUUGAUGGAUGUACAUGCCGAUCAAGAUGAUUGGAGCGCAUUCGAAUCCGCACCGACUCCCGUUGUGACGGUGUCCACGUCGGGCGUGAGCGGACUAGCGUCCUCGAACCCUUGGAAGGAUUCAGUAGAAGACGUCACGUCUGCAUUUAGCAAACCACCGACAUACCCAUCACUCUCCACGCAGAGUGUAUUGCAGCCAAAGUCGGUGACGUCCCCAACAGCAGCCUCUGGGAGGUCGACACCUUCUGCGGUUAUGUCUACGGUGCCUUCUACAUGGCAGUCCCCUGUCACCUCACCAAAACCGACAGCAGUCAAGGACGACUGGGGUAACGACGACAUGGUACCCGUGGCAGCUCAAGUACAAGCAUCAACGGCUUCGGAUAUUGGAAAGGCCUCUCCGGCGGCGAGUCUGAGUGGAAUGAGUAAAGAAGAAAAGGCGGCGGAGAUGGCUAGAAGGAGAGAGGAGCGCAAGGCCAGGAUUGCACAGCUCAAAGAGCAGAAGAAGGGUGCUGCGUAG